AUGGCGACCACAGAGGACCGACGCAAGCCCAAAGUCUUUACCCACGACUUCGGAAUACUUCCCAUCCCGAAACAGCUACGAUAUGACCCCAACAAGCCUUUCCAUUUCGGUGUGGCCCUGAACCUGGCUUUUGGCUUUGCGAGCACUUUCACUGUUGCAAACUUGUACUACUGUCAACCACUUCUGAUUGAACUCUCGAAGGCCUUCAACGUUUCUUACAGUGAGGCGUCAAACAUUCCAACCCUGGUCCAAGCUGGUUAUGCAUGUGGAAUCGUCUUUAUAUCUCCCCUCGGAGACCUUGUGCGACGGCGGCAGCUUAUCAUAGUACUUGUUCUAAUCUCAGCUUCCCUCUCCAUUGGUCUCGCGGUCACCAGUAACCUUGCUGUCUUCGAGGCAUUAUGCUUCCUCAUCGGUGUAGUUACUGUCACUCCCCAGAUACUCCUCCCUCUUGCUGCUGACCUCGCCCCGCCCAAUCGCCGAGCAGCCGCUAUAUCCAUGGUCCUCUCAGGCCUCCUCUUUGGUGUCCUCAUCGCCCGGGUCCUCGCAGGCGUGAUCGGCCAAUUCACAACAUACCGCGUCGUGUAUUACAUGGCCAUCGGCGUCCAGUAUUUUGUCAUGGUCGGCUGCUACUUUUUCCUCCCUGAUUACCCAGCAAAGAACGACCAUCUGACGUACUGGGAUAUCCUGUGGACAAUGGGGAAGUUUGCAUGCACUGAGCCGCUGCUCAUCCAAGCGUGCUUGAUCAAUAUUGCUGGAAGCGCGUGUUUCAGUAGCUACUGGGUGACACUAACCUUUUUGCUCGGUGGACCACCGUAUAACUAUUCUACCUUGGUCAUUGGAUUAUUCGGGCUCAUUGGGAUGUGGGGUGUCGCCAUGGGGCCCCUCGUCGGACGCUUGAUCGAUAGGCUUGUUCCCUGGUAUGCGACACUCGCCGCGCUGUUAGCCCUUAUCUGCGUGCAGUCCAUCCAAGUGGGAGCCGGUGGGAUCCACGUCGCCGCUGUCAUCGUCACCUGCCUGGGCCUUGACCUUUUCCGCCAAAUGCAACAAGUCUCACUCUCCACCGCCAUCUUCGGAAUCCUCCCCGAAGCUCGAGCGCGUUUGAACGCCGUGUUUAUUUUGUCGCUCUUUCUUGGACAAGUGAUGGGCACUGCUGUAGGCACAAAAGUGUUCAUCGAGCAUGGGUGGCGGCCUGCAGCGGCGUUGAACCUGGCGUGGUAUGGCUGGCAACUGUUUGUCUUACUCCUGCGCGGCCCGCACUGUUUAAGGCACACGUGGUUUGGAUAUGAGGGAGGAUUGGAGUCUCGGAAGAGUGUCGUCGAAGCGCGGACUCGGAACGAUGAAGAAGCUGUAUCUACGGUUGUAGGGAACGGCGACGAGAAGCGUGCUAGCGAUGAUGUGGCGGAGGCGGAGAAAAAUAGUGUGGAACGACGCGACGUCAAAGGUGUCGACGCUCCCAAUGACACUACAAGUGACAAGGCUGUCAAGACGUUGGGAAAUGCUGAGAAGAAGGAUUGA